AUGACUUCCCAAACAGAAAAACCAACCGUCAAGCAUGGCAACUUACCCGACAUCAUCGCCGGUGCAAACGCAAAGUCAGGUGUUUCCCGCCAAAAUCUGAAUCGUAAUACGACUCGAAUAAACUGCAAACCGCUUCCGGUUCUGUGUCUCGUAUACGGCAUAUCAUCAAUGGACCGCAAGAACACGGCCAACGCGGCAGUCGCAGGCAUGCUGGCCGAUCUCGACAUGGGCUCUUGCAAUGGGUACUGUAUUGCGAUAAUAUAUGCCGGUGACGGUAUUCCGUAUAACAGGUACAAAGACGAUGUUGGCCGUCGAUACUCCAUUUUCCGCCUCAGUGUCUGUGUUCUGGUCGCCUUCUCCGGCAUCCUGGUCUGCGGUUUUGCGCAGUUGAAUGGAAGGCAAGGCCUCGCAGGCCGGAGGUGGUUCGCUGCCCUACCGCCCAAUGUUCUGAUCUUUCACCUUGGUGGAAGUCAUUAUCUACGCCUUUUGCAUUCCUCUUCUUGUACGCAAAUGACAUCCGUCACCAACUUCUCCAACGCUGACACGGUAUCAACGCAGCCUAGCUACUACGAUAUCAUAUUCAUUCGCCUGGACAUGUUCGCAGGAUCCUGGUUCGGCGAUCGAUACCGGAAGCGAGCACUCAUCGUCCAGAUAAACUCCCUCUUUAAUGAAAUCGGCUUGCCCAUUAUGGGAUUCCAUCACAUCCCUCCUGUAAGAUACUUCGGCAUCCUUCUGGCUGUUGUCGGAGUUGAUGCCAAUGUGCCAGCAACAAUGGCGUGGCAGGUCCGAGUAGCUCCAACUCAAGGCCGACCAUCAGUCGCGACUAUAAAGCUCUGCCCUCAGAAGCUGACGCCUCCUCCCCUAGAAACCCAUGGCAGCACAGCACUCGACAGUCUCAACACUCCAACUAUUCAGAGAUUAUCCUCACCAAAUAUAACCGAUUCUGCUCUCAAGAUGCCCGAUGCAAGCAAUGCAAACGACACCGGCUCCGGCAGCCAAAACAAAUCCUCCUUCGUCACUUGCGACAAAAACAUCAAUCACACUUGGUUCGCGCGACCAGGGUUUACGUCCGAAUACUGCCCUCAUUGCAGACCAAAGACUUCUGAGGGUUCAGGCAUAAAGCUAAACUUUGAGUCGUUGAAGACAGUACGCGAGCGUAUGGGACUGAUGGUAAACUUGAAGUGA